GCGCGGCGGUAGUGGGCGCACGUGACGCGUCGCGCCCACAGCGCCGGCUACGUUGUGGGGAGGGAAGUGGGCCCGGCGGCUGCUAGGCUUGGCUGCUGGGCGGAGGUGGCGCGCUAGCUUGGACCCCUUGGAGGCCGCCGCGGGGCUCCAGGAAGAUGUUACCAAGUAUUUCAGUGAAUUCUCCAGUGCAGGGGAACGGAGCGUUGAACUCCAGGGAUGCAGCAAGACACACAGCUGGAGCAAAACGCUACAAAUACCUGAGAAGACUUUUUCGUUUUCGGCAGAUGGACUUUGAGUUUGCUGCAUGGCAGAUGCUCUACCUGUUUACUUCCCCACAGAGAGUUUAUAGAAAUUUUCAUUAUCGAAAGCAGACAAAGGAUCAGUGGGCCAGAGAUGACCCUGCUUUCUUGGUCCUGUUAAGUAUUUGGCUCUGUGUGUCCACUAUAGGAUUUGGCUUUGUUCUGGACAUGGGAUUUUUUGAGACGAUAAAGCUGCUCCUUUGGGUUGUAUUCAUAGAUUGUGUAGGCGUUGGUCUGCUCAUAUCAACUUUAAUGUGGUUUAUCUCUAACAAGUAUUUAGUGAAACGGCAAAGCAGAGACUAUGAUGUGGAGUGGGGCUAUGCCUUCGAUGUGCAUCUGAAUGCUUUUUAUCCUCUCUUAGUCAUUCUGCAUUUUAUCCAGCUUUUCUUCAUUAACCAUGUUAUCCUGACAGACACAUUUAUUGGAUAUUUUGUUGGAAAUACCUUGUGGUUGGUGGCAGUGGGCUAUUAUAUCUACGUAACCUUCUUAGGAUACAGUGCAUUGCCAUUUUUGAAAAAUACAGUAAUUCUUCUUUAUCCAUUUGCACCUCUCAUUCUGCUCUACGGCCUGUCACUAGCGCUAGGAUGGAACUUCACCCACACACUGUGUUCCUUCUACAAGUACAGAGUGAAAUGAAGGCAGUCUUGGUGAAGUGACGACUGCUUCCGAAACUGAAUACGUCUGUCUGGACAGGACACAGAUCCUUAAAGGAAUUGCCACCGGGAAGCACUGGGUAGGGGGGAAAAGAAGAGCGAAGGAGACUUAAGUUUAUGUUUUCAAAUUUACGUCUGGUACCACGGGCCUGUACCCAGCUUUCCAAACAAGAAAUUUAAUUUUUGUCCUUGACCCAACAGCCUGGUAGGUCAGCAUUGAAAGACAGGAAAGAAGGGGGAAAGGAAGGAAGAAAUUACUGAAGAGUGACUAGAAUUCCCAAAUCCUGGCACAGGCCGAGACUUCCCAGGUCACACCCCACGCGGCCCCCCUCCUGCCACACCCUGACCGCGCACCAUCCAUCCCGUCCUUCCAGUGUUUCUGUGACCAGGCUCUUCACCUCACAAUGGGAACUACUAAGUGCCAAGGAUAGAGCUUCCUUCUCACUGAGCUCGGCAGUAUGGGAAAUGCAGUGGGUCAGGACUCAAAGGCCACAGACUCUUAAUGUUCUUACUCAGAUUCAGAUGUUCAUGAGUAAUGUCUCUCCGUUUGCUCUAUUUUUUUUUUAAAUAAUUUUCACCAGUUAUGGCUGUUUCACUACGAGGAAGGUCUGCGAAGCUAUUCCACUAACGCAUACUUAAGGGAGCGGAAUUUUUUAUACUCAAUUGAAAAAGAUCAUUUGCUCUUUGUUUCUGAUGCACCUUUUCAUUUUACAAGGUCCUAGGGUGGCUGAUCCCCAAGUCCUCUUCCAUUCUAAACAUGUAUGAGUUGAUGUUUUAGAUGGUCAUUAUCUUCAAAUUAUUGCAGAUGGUCAAUUUCCUAUGCUUUCCUAAUCUAGACACAACAGUCUCAGAAACUAAAUAAUGGACAAGUAAAAGGG